AUGACCAUCCCUAAUUCCACCGAUUUCAUUCUUGAUAAUGGAGUCUGUGAUUUCCCGUCUACUCCUCAGGAAGAGAGACGUAUCGUGUCGGACCUGACUACUGAGUCCGAGGAUAAUUUGAAGGAAGGGAAUUUGUAUUUUGUCAUCUCCAAAAGGUGGUACACUAGCUGGGAGAAAUAUGUUGAGCAAUCAAUGAAUGAAUGUUCAACUGGAGAGCCCUCGGAAGCUCCAAGGCCAGGACCAAUUGAAAACCAUGAUAUUAUCAAAAGUACAAGCGACACUAGUGAUCCUCAACUUCGUAAAUUGCUGGUGGAAGGGGAAGACUACGUUCUAGUUCCUCAAGAUGUUUGGAAAAGACUUCUCGAAUGGUAUAAUGGCGGUCCUCCGAUACCAAGGAAAUUGAUCUGUCAAGGGUUUUAUAGUAGGAGUUUUAGUGUAGAGGUUUACCCCCUCUGCCUUAUGUUGAUAGACGGAAGAGAUGAAAGUAGAACUGCGAUACGGCUGGGAAAACAGGCCUCUAUAAAGGAACUUUAUGAGAAGGUUUGUGCUAUGACAGGGGUACCACAAGAAAAGGCUCUCAUUUGGGAUUACUUUGAUAAGAAGAAAAACUUACUCUUGGAUUCUUCAUCUGACAAGAGCCUGGAGGAGUCAAGCCUUCAAAUGGACCAAGAUAUUCUUCUUGAACUUGAUGAGUCCUCUUCUUCUAAGUAUGCUAUGAGCUCAGCAGGAAAUGAGCUAGCUCUGGUACCUCUGGAACCUUCAAGGUCGUGCAUUACAAUUGCUGGAGGCCCUGCCCUAUCUAAUGGUCAUUCCACCACAUCCAAGUUUAGUCUCUUUCCGAGAAUCACUUCUGAAGAUGAUGGCUGGGAUUCUUUGAGUAUUCUUGGAAAAGGAGAGAGGGGAGGAUUAGCAGGAUUGAGUAACUUGGGAAAUACCUGCUUUAUGAAUAGCGCUCUUCAAUGUUUGGCCCACACACCUCCGAUUGUUGAAUACUUCUUGCAAGAUUACAGUGAUGACAUAAAUAGAGAUAAUCCUUUGGGAAUGUCUGGUGAGCUUGCCAUUGCAUUUGGUGAACUGUUGAAGAAAUUGUGGUCAUCCGGAAUGAAUGCAGUCGCACCGCGUUCUUUUAAGACAAAACUGGCUAGAUUUGCUCCACAGUUUAGUGGUUACAAUCAGCAUGAUUCUCAAGAACUGCUUGCUUUCUUAUUGGAUGGGCUACACGAAGAUUUGAAUAAGGUAAAACGAAAACCUUACAUUGAACUUAAAGAUUUUGAGAACCGUCCGGAUGAUGAAGUUGCUGAAGAGCUUUGGAACUAUCAUAAGGCCCGAAAUGAUUCUGUAAUAGUUAACGUCUGCCAAGGACAGUAUAAGUCAACUCUGGUUUGCCCAGUUUGUGGAAAAAUCUCAAUCACGUUUGAUCCCUUCAUGUACCUGUCUUUACCUUUGCCAUCAACACUAACGCGACCAAUGACAGUUACUGUGUUUUACUGCGAUGGAAGUCGUCUUCCGAUGCCAUACACUGUAACAGUGCCUAAACAUGGAUCUUGUAGAGAUCUUAUUACUGCAUUACGUACUGCUUGCUGCUUAACUGAUGAUGAGAGCCUUUUACUUGCAGAGGUAUAUGAUCACAAGAUCUUUAGAUAUUUUGAGACUCCCCUGGAGUCACUGAACGUGAUAAAAGAUGAUGAGCAUAUUGUGGCGUAUCGGUUCAAUCAGAUUCAGAAAGGAUCAGGAAAGGCAAAACUCGAAAUCCUUCAUGGAGGGCAAGAAAGGGCUGUUCUCGACAGCGUUAGAGGCAGAGACGUGAAGCUUUUUGGAACUCCUUUUGUCACUUACGUCAACACGGAACCACUAAGUGGAACUGACAUUGAUUCAGUUAUCUCUGGAUUUCUGUCACCUCUUCACAGGGUUCAUGCCUCAUCUAAGAAUCAUAAUGGAAGCGAAAAUGGCCACCUUCCUGAAGCUGCAGCUGACGAAACAUCCGGAAGUUUAUCAUCCCCAGAUACUGAGAUAGACGAAGCAUCUGAUAGAGAGUUAUCCUUCAGGAUCUUCUUGACAGAUGAAAGUGUUCUGAACUUCAAACCACUUCAGUCUGAGUCUUCUGUGAACCCUGGUACCGUUACGAGGGUUUUAGUCGAGUGGAAUGAGGGGGAGCAUGAAAAAUAUGAUUCCAGCUACUUGAGUGACCUUCCAGAGGUUCAUAAAACAAGUUUCUCUGCAAAGAAGACAAGGCAAGAAGCGAUAUCUCUGUUUUCGUGUUUGGAGGCCUUUUUAGCAGAAGAACCUCUGGGACCAGAUGACAUGUGGUUUUGUCCGGGAUGCAAAGAACACAGACAAGCGAACAAAAAGCUAGACCUGUGGAAGUUGCCUGAUAUUCUUGUGUUCCAUUUAAAACGGUUCACUUACAGCAGAUUUCUCAAGAACAAGAUUGAUACGUUUGUGAAUUUCCCAAUUCACGAUCUAGACUUGAGCAAGUACGUGAAAAACGAGAAUGGCCAGUUAUAUCUAUAUGAACUGUAUGCUGUUAGCAAUCAUUACGGUGGACUUGGUGGUGGUCACUACACUGCCUACGCUAAGUUGAUUGAUGACAACAAAUGGUAUCAUUUUGACGACAGUCAUGUUUCAUCUGUAACUGAAUCUGAAAUCAAAAACUCGGCGGCAUAUGUUCUGUUCUACCGAAGAGUGAGGAGUGAAACAGAGACACAAUCAGGCGAGAUGUCGAUGACUGAUAUGGAUUAG